AUGGAAGGUGACAUAUGCUUGGUAAAUAAUACGGAAGGAAUUGAACAUAAGGAAUAUACAAAUGAAGAACAAAAACAUUCUUCAAAUCAAUGUGAGGACGAAUUCAUUCUACCAGACGAUGAUUUGAGUGGAAAAAUCCUGAAACAAGUCGAAUUUCUUUUUUCUGACGCCAAUAUAUAUAAAGACAAAUUUCUGUUGAAGCAUAUACGUCGAAAUAAGGAUGGCUACGUGAGUUUGAAACUUAUUUCAUUGCUACGAAAGGUCAAGGCACUUACCAAAGAUUGGAGAAUUGUCGCUCACAGCCUCGAAAAAUCAAAAAAACUUCAACUGAAUGAUGAGAAAACAAAAAUAAGGCGAGUAGAUCCACUGCUGCCGGAUGACGACGCAGAUUCGAAAAAAGUAAUCAUUUUUAAAUUCUCUGCUUCCAACUUAUCGAAUGAGGACAUAAAAAUCUAUCUGAAGAAAUUUGGAACAGUUGUUGAUAUUACAGUUAUGAAUUCUACACCUCAAACGAGUAAAUUUUCUUUAAAGCAACGUCCAUAUUUGUGUAGAAAUAUUUCAUCAGCAGGUUUUGCAAUUGUAGAAUUUUCAAACGCAGAUGAAGCAUCAUCAGCCGUGCAUCAUAUUCCAAAUUCGGACUGUCCAUUCAUUAUUGCCCCUUUUAUAAACGAGGACUUUACGGAAAGCACAAAAAUCAUUUCCCCCAAGUCCUCGCCUAAAGAUGGGAAACUCAGAAGAGAUUCUACACGGAGAAACUCGAGCUUCGAUGAAAGCAGAUCUUAUGAUUCAGUGUCGAAAACUCCAUCGCCUUCUUCACAAUAUCCCCCAAAUAGUAAGAAAUCCCCCCGAAAUUGGAGAGGAUCGACCGGAAAUGUGAUACCUGAUGAUAUCCAACCCUCACUGUCAAGCGCUUAUAAAGGGGAUGAUGUAAAACAUUCAUGGAAGCCAAGAAGGCAGUUGGGGGCUUUCCACGAGAAGAAGAAUGUGAUCAUCUUACGGCAACCUAAGGGACCAGAUGGAACUAUUGGGUUUCACGAGGGAAGAGCUAAAGCUAAUCUCAAAUCUCACGAAAUAAUAUAA